AUGCGCCUACCACGCUCCUUGAUUCUGUCUCUCCCUGUGUGUAGCUCAUAUGCGGCAGCCAAGGCCGUCUUCGCCCACUAUAUGGUGGGCACCAUGACAGCCACCGAAGCCGUGACGGACGUCAAAGACGCAAUCAACGCCGGCUUCGAUGCUUUCGCGCUGAAUGUCCCCAGCAUGGACGACUGGGCGACGUCGGCCAUCUCGUACCUGUUCAGCGCCGCCAACAACGCCGGCAGCAACUUCAAGCUGUUCUUCUCCUUCGACAUGACGCAGUUCAAUCAUCCGUCGCAGCUCCUGCCGCUAAUCGAGCAGUACGCCGCGAACGAGUCGUAUCUCCAGCAGGACGGGCGGCCGUUCGUGAGCACCUUCUCCGGAGGGACCAUCAGCAACGACGACUGGAAUUCCAAGUUCCGGCAGCCCCUGCAGGCGAAGGGGAUCAAUCCGUUCUUCGUCCCGAACUUUGACAACUGGAGUGGUUAUCCCAACGGCUUCUUCAACACUUUCACUGUCGCGGACGGCGUGUUUGGUUGGGAGUCUGCCUGGCCAGAGGUGAGCGCGGGCAAGGUCAAUGUCAGCGACUCGGUAGACCAGGCUGCUCUCCAGGAGGCUCGCGCAGCAAAUAAAGUGUACAUGAUGCCCCUCUCCACAUUCCAGUUCAAACACAUGAGCGGAGAUGGUCAAAACUGGUACCGCAUCGGCGAACUGAACUAUUUCGACCGCAUGGAGCAGGUGCUUUCCCUGCAGCCUGACUUUGUGGAAUUGAUCACCUGGAACGACGCGGGCGAGAGCCACUACGUCGGCAACUUCUGGCCGGAGCAGAUCGCCGGCACUGACAUUGGCAAUUACGCGAACGGUUUCGACCACACGGGAUGGCAGCAGGUCCUGCCGUCAUUCAUCAACGCGUACAAAUCGAACGUCACCGACAUCUCUAAGAUCACGCCGGCAGGAGGCAAGGCUGUUGGGGUGAUGUGGUACCGCUCCCUCCUGACGACGGCGAACUGCUCGCCCGACCCCAUGGGGAAACCGUCGGGCUGGCAGAACGCGCAGGACGCGAUCAACUUCGCCGUCAUCCUUCCGGAGGGCGCAUCAGGUUACACGAUCAACGUGUAUAGCAACAAUAAGCAGAUUGGGUCGUUCCCGGCCAAUGCGGGCCUAAACGGGCAGUCGGUGCCCGGAUUGCAGGCGGGAGGUGGACAGCGCGUCGAAGUGGUGGACAGCUCCAACAAGACGAUCAUCUCGGCCACUGGGACAAAAGAUGUGCAGGCCCAGACGACGGGACUAUGCAACUAUAACUAUGUGGUGGCUGCUCUCUCCUAA